CAGUCCAAACCUUUGGCUACACACUCCUGCUGCUGCUGCUGCUGCUGCUGCUGCUAUCUGACCUGCAGCCGCUCAACGAGGAUCCAACCACUGGAAGAGGACGCGUGGUUUGAUGCUGCAGGACAUGGAACCAAAUUAACAAACUAACACUAACUGAAUGAAGAACCUCUCCUUCUUAUUUGCACUUUCUGUCUGAAAUUUUCUUCACACCCAGGAGAGCUGCAACAGACCUCAUCACGUUGGAGACCUAAGUCAGCAACAUUGGAGUCAUGGUCCCCUCACUGCACUGGCUCCUGCUGCUGUGGGGACUUCAGGGUCUCUGUGCACAGGACUAUGAAGAAGACUAUGAAGAAGAAGUGGUGACCACCAAGAAGAAGAACAAACUAUAUCCGUCCAAUUCCAUCCCACAAAAUGGCAAAUCGCUCAUUGAUGAGGACUGCGGUUUGGAGAUAGCCUUCCUGAUCGAUAGCUCAGAGAGCGCCAAGGACAACCAUGCCCAGGAGAAGCGCUUCGCCUCGGACGUGAUGGACCGGCUGCAGGGCCUCCGGCUGCAGACGGGCCGCAGCCUCAGCUCGCGCGCAGCCCUGCUUCAGUACAGCAGCCAUGUCAUCAUAGAGCAGACCUUCAAACAGUGGAAAGGCACCAACGACUUCAAGGCCCGAAUCGCUCCAAUCUCGUACAUCGGUCACGGCACCUACACCACCUACGCUAUCACCAACCUCACCCGCAUCUACCUGGAGGAGUCAAAUCCCAGCAGCAUCAAGGUGGCCGUCCUGCUCUUCGAUGGCAUCUCGCACCCCAGGAACCCAGACAUAUUCUCAGCUGUGGCCGACGCCAAGAACCAGGGCGUCCGUUUCUUCACCAUCGGCAUCACACCUGAAGCCAACGAGCCGACCAACAUAGCUCAGCUGCGGCUGAUCGCCAGCUCCCCGGCCUCCCGCUACCUUCACAACCUGCAGGACAGAGGCAUUGUGGAAAAAAUUAUCAAGGAGAUUACGGCGCUGGCGGAUGAAGGGUGUCCCCUGGCCCAGAGCAAGUGUGCGUGCGACAAGGGGGAGAGGGGACCCAGCGGCCCUCCUGGCAAGAAGGGCCGUCCUGGAGACGAUGGAAGUCCUGGUUCAAAAGGACAGAAGGGUGAAAGCGGGCUCAGUGGACUUCCAGGUCGAGAAGGAGGAGAGGGAAAACCGGGAUACAAAGGAGAGAAGGGGGAGAGAGGAGAGUGUGGCACACCUGGGAUUAAGGGAGACAGAGGCCCUGAAGGCACCAUCGGCCCCAGAGGAAACCGUGGACUUCAGGGUCUGUCCGGUCCACCUGGUGAUAUCGGCCCUGAGGGUGUGAUGGGUAGAAAAGGGGAGAGGGGACUUCCUGGGCCACCUGGAAUCCAAGGGGAAACAGGGAUCGGCCUUCCAGGACCGAAGGGCGAUGUUGGUUUCCAGGGGCAGCCAGGGCCCCCCGGUCCCCAGGGACUUGGCGAGCCUGGAUCACCGGGGCCUCAAGGGCCACAGGGAGUCCAAGGAGAGAGAGGGCCGUUAGGAGAAGGUCUGCCUGGACCAAAGGGAGAGCGAGGCUUGGAGGGGCCACGGGGGCCCAGAGGACAGCCGGGCGCUGGAAUCAAAGGAGACAAGGGGGAUUUUGGAGCCCCGGGUCUCCCAGGGCCCCUCGGCCUCCCGGGCGUAGGGAUACAGGGCGACAAGGGCAUAGAAGGGCCGAGGGGGCCCCCAGGGAGCAGAGGCCCACCAGGGGAGGGCUUGUCUGGAUCCAAGGGAGACCAAGGGUUGCCGGGCGAGAUCGGCGCCCCAGGGGAGAGAGGGGCCGGAGACCCUGGAGCUAAGGGCGAGCCGGGAUCCACGGGAAUGGCGGGUUUGCCGGGGCUGCCGGGAGAGGACGGAGCCCCCGGACAGAAGGGAGAGCCAGGAGCUACAGGUUUCAGGGGGCCAGAGGGGACACCUGGGAUCGGGACUCAGGGUGAAAAGGGUGACCAAGGCCAAAGAGGAAUAAGAGGCUUGACCGGUCCACCUGGGAUCGCUGGACCCUCCGGACCGAAGGGAGAACCGGGGACACAAGGCAGGGCGGGUUCUCCCGGUCCACCGGGCCGUUUCAUCGUGGGACCCAAGGGUGAUCUCGGUCCGAAUGGUCCUCCUGGUCCGAUUGGCGAAACCGGCUACGGACUUCCUGGUCCGAAGGGUGACCGUGGAGACCCGGGCCCCGCAGGUCCAUUCGGCCCCAAAGGAGACGGCUAUCCCGGCCCCAUGGGCCCACCUGGUCUGCCUGGACUUCAAGGAGAACCUGGGCCUGAAGGAGAGGGCAUCCCUGGACCAAAGGGGGAUGUCGGUUUCCGAGGGUUGCCCGGUUUACCUGGACCUCCAGGCGAAGGACUCCAAGGACCUCUGGGUAACCCCGGGCGACCCGGACCACCGGGGCCAACGGGACCACAAGGACAAGGAGUUCAAGGGCCAAAGGGUGAACAGGGGUCCCAGGGCGUGACGGGGCCAAGGGGGCUUCCUGGCGAGGGCUUUCCUGGAGCUAAAGGUGACCGCGGCUCGGCAGGGGAGAGGGGGCUGAAGGGAAUCAAAGGAGAUUUGGGUGAUGCUGGAACCCCGGGGCAACCUGGCCGAGCUGGUGUCAAAGGUGAAGCGGGACUCACCAGAGAGGACAUCAUUCGAAUGAUCAAAGAGAUCUGCGGAUGUGGGAUCAAGUGUAAGGAGAGGCCCAUGGAGCUGGUGUUUGUCAUCGACAGCUCGGAGAGCGUGGGCCCGGAGAACUUUGAGAUCAUCAAGGACUUUGUGAACGCACUUGUCGACCGGGUCACAGUGGGGCGCAACGCCACCAGGAUCGGCCUGGUGCUGUACAGCCUGGAGGUGAAGCUGGUGUUCAACUUGGCCCGCUACGUCAGCAAACAGGACAUCAAGCAGGCCAUCAGGAACAUCCCAUACAUGGGAGAGGGUACGUACACGGGCACGGCCAUCCGUAAAGCUACACAGGAGGCCUUCUACAGUUCACGAGUGGGCGUCAGCAAAGUGGCCAUCGUGAUCACUGACGGCCAGACGGACAAGCGGGAGCCGGUGAAGCUGGACCUCGCGGUACGAGAGGCCCACGCUGCCAAUAUUGAGAUGUUCGCUCUGGGGAUUGUGAACACCUCAGACCCAACGCAGGCUGAGUUCCUGAGAGAGCUGAACCUGAUCGCCUCCGACCCCGACAGCGAGCACAUGUUCCUCAUUGAUGACUUCAACACCCUGCCAGCUCUGGAAUCCAAGUUGGUGAGCCAGUUCUGUGAGGACGAGAACGGAGCCCUGAUCUACAACCGAAUAACAAACGGCUACAACGGCUACAGAAACAACGGCUACAACGGCAACAGGAAUGGCGCCAAUGGGAACUACGCCAUCGGUGGCUAUGGUUACCGGCCUGCGACUGAGCAGGAAAUACUGAACGGACGACAGACCGGCACCAACACUGGCACCAGCACCCACAGCCACGGAGGCCAAGUAGAGACCACCCAGCAGGGCAGUAAAGGGUCCAGCACGGCACAUGGCGGCGGAGCUCAGCAUGUGAACACUGAUACAACGAACUGGGGGACCGAGCGCGGGGACACAUUUAACCGCGGAAACUUAGAUCUCAGACCUGUGCCUCCUUCCAGAGAGGACUCCUCCAGUAGCCGAGGCUCCUCCUCAUCUUCAUCAUCAUCUUCAUCGUCAUCAUCUUCAUCAUCCUCUUCUAGAAAUACAACCACAUCCUUCUCAGGUGGAUCCGUAAUUCAUGUACCUGCCCCGAGGCCAGCUCUCCCCAAAGAGACCGCGCCCUUAGACCCUCGCUGUGGCCUGGUUCUGGACCAGGGCACGUGUCGGGACUAUAACAUCCGCUGGUAUUACGACAAGCAAGCCAACGCCUGCGCCCAGUUCUGGUACGGCGGCUGCAACGGCAACAAGAACCGCUUCGACACAGAGGAGGAGUGCAAGAGGACGUGUGUGAUCACCAGAUCCACCGAAGGCUGAGUGAAGGCGUCUGCCAUACAUCUGCUGUAGAUACUUCCAGGAGGGGCAGCUAAAACCAGCCUUUUUCACAGGGUUAUGUAAAGUCUUUGCAUAAUUCUCAGGCAUAUACAUGUACACUGAUGUUCCACACCACUACUACAUUAUACUUCCUGUCUUUGUGCCCCUUCCUAUUGAACCAGUUGUGAAAUUGUCCUCCUCUUAAGUACAGAGAAAGAGAGUUUUGAUGGAUACCUCCAUUGUUUUUUUUAUAAUAGCAUCUAGUGCAGAGAUACUUCUCAGGAAUACAGAUGAGCAGUGUGUUUCCAGUUCCCUGGGGAUUCCCACACCUACGGGACAUGAUCUGUUUUUAUUUUAUUUUGUUCAUACACAGUCUGUGAGUGCCGCAAAGAUGGUGAAAUAAUGGACUGUUGAAUUUGCUCAACGCGAUCGGUGCCUUAUCAAUGUCAGAAUCAUACAUGGCAUCAAUCAAUCAAUCAGUGUGCCAUUAAAAUAAACUGUAGCUAUUAAUUUCUUUAGGGAAUAUUGGUGUUGUAACACACAGAGGAGAUUUAAGCCUCUCGUCACUUAUAUCAGUGAAAUAUAGUUUGUUUUUGUAUUUUAUAUAAAAUGACUGAUGCUCUGUAACUUCGUGGAAAUGUUUUGUGCCUUUUUGAAUGUUCUGUUGAUGAAAAUGUGAUGUUUUGUGUUUACGUUGUUUCACUUCUCUCCUCCCUCCGUCUCACUUUGUUCAACACACACACACACACACACACACACACACACACACACACACACACACACACACACUGCCCUCUACUGGGUGACACGUGCCGUGUUCUGAACGGGCAGCAUUUUCCUUCUGUUGUUGAGCUCCCACCCGUACUGACUGCAUCAACCCAAACUGUAUUGUUUAUUACAUGGUCAACAUUUGAUGUCAAACAUUUUUAAUAAACAGGAUCUAAACUAACAGGUUGAAACAUUUUUAUUAGAGGGGGAGGGGUGGUCGGAAAAGGGAGGAGGGAAUUGUAGUUUUUAUAACUUUUUAAGAGACUAGUUACACCAAUCAAAAUCAAACAAGUAGCAAAUAGAAGUAAAAUGUCUCUUUUUAAAAUCAAACAGCUGUUUACUUUCUAAAUCGUUGCCAAGCAACCUUGUUGUCUCUUGUUAUGUUUCCAUUUCCAUCACUCCUUCUCUUCCCCUGAAGUUAGCGUGCUAACCAGCUAGCCCCAGCCUGGUCGGAGUGUCCCGUCCCUUUCUGAUACCGAGUCACUGCGGCAUCAAAGUCUGCCCCCCCUG